AUGCGUCGAGAUGAAACGAACAUGUAUCCACGUGAUUAUCGUGCAUGUCAAUCAAGGCCAAAAGAGAAAGUGAAGUAUGUAGAAACAGUUAUGCACAACAUUUUUUCGUCCAUUUAUCUAUCAAUAAUACUCUCGCCAAUAGCAUCGAAUGGUGCUCGUUACCAUCCUCGACGUGCUAUCGAUGAUGAUGAUGAUGCCGAUGACACUCGAGAUUUACUACGUUCCCUCCUUCGACAGGCAUCUCUUCGAAAAAUUGGAUUCGAUAGUGAUGAUGAAGACAAUUACAGUAAUCGUUUUUAUUUCAAUGAAAAGAUAUUCUUUGUACAAUAG